AUGUUGAUGAUGGAGUCGAUUCUGGGCAUGAUCUUGACAACUGCCCUGGCUUUCGUUCGGGGGCGCUGCUCUUCACAGCUGGAACAUGAGCCUGAAUUGGAGGACCUCAAAAAUUCGGUGGCGACAGAACUGCAGAGACAGGAGGAAGGGCUGACUGCCCUCCGGGAGAUGGACCUGAAGACUGCGUUGCAGUAUUUGCAGCUGGCAGUGAAGGGGACAAGUCCCACCAUUGAUGGCGUUCGAGAGAGCAGGGAGGAUUACAAGACAGCUGAGGAGCAUGCUGUGAAUGCGUUCGGUGUCGUGCCCACCAUGUUGCAGAAAGUGGAAGCAACGAAGAUUGCCAUCGUUGCUGGGUACUUUUAUGGGCUUGGAUUGGAGUGGUCCCCAAGCAGUUUGGAGAGAGGUUUGAAACGGGCAGAGCACCACCUGAAUCGGCUCCUCCAAGAUGACAAGGUGAAGGCGCUACUGCAGCCCACAGCAAGCCGCAAGCUCUUGAGGAUGUUCUCCAGUGUUGACAAACGGCGGGAACUCGAAAGCAACGUUCGCGCAGUGAUCAGGGGCUUCCUGUCUUUGUCAAAGGCUGCUGGCGCGUGCGAGAGCGUGCGUCUCCUCAACGAUGGACGCGACCUGUUGGAGGUCCUUGCGGGGAUGUCUUUUCACAAGGAUCAAUUGUUGAAAGGGCACUCGCACACUGUCAACUCGCUGACAGCGAAUGACGAGUGGCUGUUUUCCAGCUCGGAGGACACAACCCUACGUGUGUGGAAGUUGGGCACAUGGGAGUGCAUCCAUGUUCUGGAAGGGCACACGCGCGAAGUUAACUCGGUGGCUGUGAAUGGUGGCUGGGUGUUUUCGGGUUCCUGGGACACCACCAUCCGGGUGUGGAGCCUGGAGACGUGGGAAUGUGUUGCGGUGCUGGUAGGGCACAGCAACUAUGUGCGGGCGCUGGCAGUUUCUGACGAGUGGCUGUGCUCCGGGUCUUGGGACGAGACUAUCCGAGUGUGGCAAAUGGGCACGUGGGAGUGCGUGAGGGUGCUCGAGGGGCACAGCGACGGCGUCCUGUCGGUGGCCAUUUACAGUGACUGGCUGUUUUCAGCAUCAAGAGAUCAUUCCGUCCGUGUGUGGCAGGUCGGCACUUGGGAGUGCGUCGAUGUGCUCCAGGGGCACAGCAGUUGGGUGCGAUGUCUCACGGUGAACAAGGAUUGGCUGUUCUCCGGUUCGUGGGAUUUCACCAUUCGUGUGUGGACGCUGGAGAGCUGGGAGUGCGCCAGGGUGUUGCGUGGGCACACAGGUGUUGUGUGGUCGAUGGAAACGCACGGGGAGUACUUGUUUUCAGGUUCGUGGGACAAGUCGAUUCGAGUGUGGAUGCUCGACACUUGGGAGUGCGUUCGAGUGCUUGAGGGCCACAUGUUGGGUGUGUGGUCGCUGGUUGCCAGCGAUGAUUGGCUUGUAUCCGGAUCUGAAGACAAGACAAUCCGAGUAUGGACAUGUUGCUGA